AUGGCAGACAUCAAUAAUACCAAAAUCAUCCUUUCAACCGGGCGAGGUAAUGGUCUCGUGGCCACGCAAGACUCAAAAGCAGACAACAUACUGAUUCUGAUUCGAAAGCCUUACAUCGUCCUUCCAGAUAAAGCAUCUCUAGGCAAGAUAUGCUCCUGGUGCCUAUUACCUACGCCCUCCUACUCUGCAUCUACAGUCAUAGACUCUAAAACGAUUGGCUCUAGCGCAGGUAAUAAAGCGCAAGCUACAACGGCCCUCCAGAGAUGCAGCGGAUGUAGAGUUUCUCAGUACUGCUCAGCGGCUUGUCAACGCGCCGACUGGAAAUCGAUUCACUCCAAGGAAUGCGCGCUACUUGCGGCUCUUCUAGACGUGCCGCCAACACCAGUGCGCGCACUCAUGCGCAUUUUAAUCAGUCAUCGAUUCGGCCUGGCCUGGGAUCCACGAUGGGCAAGGCUCGAGGGGCACAUGGAUGAGAUGCGAAAUAGCGAGAAAUGGGCAGAUGCUCUUCUGCAAGCCAAGGCAGCAGUAUCAUUUGCCCGUGUCGCUCCCUCGUAUCUAGAACUAGCAAUAGCCGUGCUUUGUCGGAUCCAUUGCAACGCCUUUCGCGCUACUCUACUCAAUACCACUCCAAUCGGUCUGUGCUUUGAACCAACUCUCGCCCUCGCAAAUCAUUCCUGCACACCUAAUGCUUACGUUGCCUUUGAGGGCCGUAACAUUAUGUUACGUGCUCUAGUACCCGUCAAGAAAGACGAAGAGCUUUUUAUUUCUUACAUCGACGCAAACCGGUCAUACCAUGAUAGGAAGCUAGAAUUAUUUAGGACAUAUUGGUUUCAGUGCAAUUGUUCAAGGUGUGAGGCGCAUUCGGACGCAAAUGACAGAAAUGAUGAGAGACUAAUUGAGGCCAAGAGGAUGUAA